GCUGAAAACAACCAUCACCUUCUGUCCACUUGAUCAUCACCUUUCCCAACGUAUCUGCCAGUCAGGUCUUUCGAGGAUACCCUCGCUCUGUAAAUUUCUUUCUUUUCUUCAUUCUCUUAUUCUAACCUUCAUCAGGGCGCGCCAUGCCUCUGCCAGAUGAGAGACCUCGUCAGAGCGUUGCAAAUCUCAUCGGACGUUUUGAGCAGCAGAACAAACGCCAGUCGUCCUCUGUUGCGCCUACGAUCCCGCGCAGUUCCAGUGUGUCGUCACAAAUUGCUGGUGAUUCCGCAAAAGAAGAUACAAAGGAGAAAAGGGAGUGGCCGCCUAAAUAUGUGACAUCUGCGAGUGCAGAUACAUCCGCUCUUACUCUGUCCCCUUCUUCCGCCGCCCAGAACACGUCGCCACCCAUGAGCCCUCAGCCCACGACAGAGAAGCCGGCAGAGACCACCACGGCCGCACCCACGCUCCCAGAACCCGCCAGGUCGCCCACAGUGAAGAAGCAAGUCUCUGGGAAGGCUACGCCCAUUGCUGGGUCUCGGACGAAUCCAACUUCGCCUGCAAAACCACGCCCCUCUACUGCAUCGGUCAAAUCUCCAGUGAAGUCUCCACCUAAAUCUUCACUCUCCUCCUCUAUCUCUCAGCCCAUCAAACCACAACAUACAGGACAAUCGGCUGCUUCCAAUACUUCCACUGUCCGUAGCACCCCCAAAUCGGUUCCCAAAUCAACACCUGUCACCCCUUCUCGACCGAAAACGCCUGCCGUGCAUACGACCAAUGCAUCUCGUCCAAAGACACCUUCCUCGGGUUUGUUUGCGCCUACAGCAGCAUCUCUUGCACGUUCUCGUAAUGUCCCUCCACCCGCUCCUCCACCAGUGAAGAAGGCAACACUCAGCAGCAGCGCAGCCGAACGACUGAGCAAGCCUACUGCUGCAUCCAUGUCGAAGGCGCGCGCUCCUCCUCAUGUGGCUAGUCCUAUUCGUACCGUCAAAUCGACAUCUGCAGGUCUCACUCCCCGCGGUCCGUCAAAACUUAGGGUAGGAUUAGCACCCGCAAGGACGAAUGAAGCAAAGGUGCAAGAGGAUGCAGCCAAGGUUGCUACCAACAAUGUUGAGCAUCAGCUCGAUCAUCUAGAAAGCGGAUAUUCUGACAAUGGCCAUGACCUAGAGGAAACCGUGAUUUCAGAAGGAAUUGCCGAUUUGCAUGAAGUUCGUGAUCACGUCGACGAGGUACCAGCCAUAGGGGCCCGAGGCGUUUUAGGGGAAGUUGUGGAGAGUAUCGUGGAAGUCUUGCAUCCCGAGGCAACACAUGCUGAGAUUCAUGUUGACGCAAUGGUGGACGACGUUCCCCAAGUUUCUGAGCCUGAAGUGCACCCCGAAGCUCUGCCAGUGGUUGAAGAGCCGCUGUCCCAUGGGGAUGCCAACUCCGAUGGUUCAAUUGAGUCUCAAGAGCUCGCCACAGACGAAACUGUGCAUAGCGCAGGGUCUGAGGUCCCUGCAGUUGACGACGACAUUGAAGACAUGGUGGUCAUGCUGGAGAGUGUCGUUUUAUUGAAGCACCGACCCCAAAGCAUUGUCAGCAUCCCGGAUGAGCACGGAGAAAUUCCUGAUGAGGAUCAGUCGUAAUGACCUAGGUCCACCAGUAACAUUGUAAAUGAAUCCGUCGUCUAUCAUGUGCAUAUGGUUGGUGAGGUCUUUCCCAAUACGUUCAUUUAGUGGUUCUGCAUUGCCGAUUCUGACCUUUCUUCCUUGUUAUUUCGCUCUGACACUUUGCUUUGCUGCCUUUUCUCGACUUCUGCCAUGAAUUUUCUUACUGCACCGCCGCUGCAGCUGACGCGUGUUGUUAUGCAUCAUUACACCCAUUUUGUCACUUUCGUGAAAUCCGUUUGGAGCUCAUCCACUUUUACAUUACAUCUGGCUCCGGGAUACAGCAUACCCUGACUUCCCGCACAUACAGUUUGAGGAACAAAUUGAAAUUGCAGUGGCACAUCUUGUCGAGAACAAAUAUGAUAUAUGCAUGGUCCACACAUCACGCGCGCACUAAUCAA